AUGAUUCUCAACUAUGUUAUGGAAGAUAUAACAAUAGGAAUAAUUGGAGGAUCUGGUCUCGAUGAUCCGGAUAUUCUGGAGGGGAGGACAGAACGGUAUGUAGUCACUCCAUUUGGAAAGCCAUCUGAUGCGCUGAUUUUGGGCAAAAUAAAGAAUGUUGAUUGUGUGCUUCUUGCAAGGCAUGGGAGACAACACACCAUAAUGCCCACAAAUGUGAAUUACCAGGCCAAUAUUUGGGCCUUGAAGGAAGCGGGCUGCACUCAUCUGUUAGUCACAACAGCAUGUGGUUCUCUCAGAGAAGACAUCCAGCCUGGGGACAUCGUUUUGAUUGACCAGUUUAUUGAUCGGACAGCGAAGCGUGUUCAGACGUUCUAUGACGGGCAGCCCACCAGCCCCACAGGUGUGUGUCACAUCCCUAUGGCUGACCCUUUCUGCAGCAAGACUAGAGAGGUGCUCCUGGAGGUUGCGCAGGGACUCGGUGUGAAGUGUCACCCCCGAGGGACAAUGGUGACCAUAGAGGGUCCUCGUUUCUCCUCUAGGGCAGAGAGCCUCAUGUUCAGACAGUGGGGCGCUGAUGUUAUCAACAUGACCACAGUCCCUGAGGUGGUUCUUGCCAAGGAGGCCGGGCUGUGCUAUGCUAGUAUUGCAAUGGCAACUGAUUAUGACUGCUGGAAAGAGCACGAAGAGGCGGUGUGUGUGGACAAUGUUCUGAAAACCAUGAAAGAGAAUGCAAAUAAAGCGAGCAGCAUCCUACUCACAGCAAUCCCGCAGAUCUGUCAGAUGGACUGGGAGAGCACAAUAAAUGCACAUAAACUGAUGUCACAGUCUUCAGUGAUGUUGCCCAAACAUUAAAGCACCGGGACACUGAGAAGCCAUCAUGUAUCUGCAAACAUGUGUCACAUUCUUAUCAGUAUUACCCUAAAUAAAAAAUACAGGGGGGUUGUUUGUCAGCCAUGGCUGUUAUUUUUCCUUCCAUAAUAGUGUCUAAAAAUACAAUUAGUAUUAUGCAUGGAAGCAUUGCCAGAGGACAGGAUCUUUUGAUUAUCAUUGUUUUUCAGUGCCUUUUAAUACUAGCAGUAGUGUUGUUACUCCAUGAAGUACCUUGGAUAUAAAUCAAAAUACAAGUAUUUUUGGUUGGAUAUAAAACUAAAUAGGUCUCUCUUAAAAACAAAUAAAUGUAUGCUGUUUUCUCA